AUGGAGGUGCCUUCGAAAGCAAAGCCGCGCUGGACAGGUCGUGACUCGAUUUGCCUAGGCCUUGCAGUCUUCGUGGUCAUCAAUGUGAUAAUGUGCCUCUGGGUAGCGGCGAUUUCAAUGUCAACGGCGCGACGCCAAGCUACCUCAGUCUUCUUUGAAUUGGAGAAAGCUUCAGUCAUCGAGUUCAAUCUCCGCCUGCAAACGAAAAUGAGUUCCAUGCCGGUCAAUGUGACCGGGAGAUUACAACCUCGUCACUCCGAGUGCUCACGCAGACUUCAUUUCGAUGGACGGAUGAUAGUGACGACUUCAAAUACAAGCGAGAUGUUCGUACUGAUGAACCACCGAGGAUAUCGCCGUCAACUUAAUGCAAGCGACGUGAAUGCAACUUGUUUAACGACUCAGGACAUUCCACCGCUUCACACAUUAGCCGACACCGUCUACAGUGCAUUUCGACCAUUAGUCUACGAUGCGUUCAAAGUCGAUUGCAAACCGCUGCAGGUCACAUUCUACGACAUGCCGUUCGUCGUGUGUGCGGAAGAUUGGCUUCGGGCAAGGUUGGCUGCCAAGAACUUGACCCAUUCCACGAAAAAUAAUCAACAGACUAGCCACGACCCCGUGUUGAUCAUUCAUGGCAAGAAGUCCGAGCUAGAGCUCACCGUCUUGUCCAACAGCAUCCCGUUUGAUGCCGAGCAACCUUUUAAACAUUUGGAUUACUGCGAGUAUCUUGACGCACCGAUGACUUCAGGCGAGUCCUGCGUAGUCCAAACAAUACCAGGUCCCGACGUAUGA